AUGAGAGCAACAACUUUCAUUGUCGUUUUGCUUGCCAUAGCAGCCACUGAAACUAGCUUCUGCAAUGGAAGUUCUGAUGUGGGUUGCAUUGAAACUGAGCGACAAGCACUUCUUAAGUUCAAGCGAGGUCUCGAAGAUGGUUCUUCCAACGGUCUUGCCUCUUGGAAUAGCAGUGAUAGAGACUGUUGUCAGUGGGCUGGUGUUGUCUGUGACAACUUUACAGGCCAUAUCCUGAAACUUCAACUGCAGGACUCGAUGUUGGUUGGUAAGAUAAGUCCUUCUUUGCUUGAUUUUAAGCAUUUGAUUUACUUGGACUUAGGCAGUAAUGACUUUAGUCAAGAAGUUGAGGUUCCAACAUUUCUUGGCUCUUUGAGGAACUUGAGAUAUCUUAAUCUCUGUCAAACUGGAUUUCUAGGGAGGGUUCCUCACGAAUUUGGAAAUCUCUCCAAUUUGCAGUAUCUUGACCUCAGUCAUAAUCUUCUUCAAGGUCCAAUCCCUCAUGGACUUCAAAAUUUGAGUUCUCUUAAACAUCUUGAUUUAUCUGGUAACUUUUUCAACUCUUCAAUACCCAAUUGGUUGAAUAAAUUUACCCAUCUUGAGUACCUUUCACUAAGUUCACCGUACCUUUCACAAAGUUCACCUCCCAAUAGCUUGCAAGGUCCGAUUCCAAAAUCAUUUGGAGGACUCUGCAAUUUGAGGUUCAUUUCUUUGUCAAAUUUCAAUUUGAGUCAAGAUAUAUCCGAAAUCUUAAAUAUUUUUUCAGGAUGUAUUUCAAAUAAGCUAGAGUCAUUGCUUUUGGGGGGGACUCGUCUUUUUGGUCAUCUGAACAAUCAGUUCGGGCAAUAUAAAAAUUUGGGCUCUCUUUCUCUAACGCUGAACUCCAUCUCUGGUCUCAUUCCGUCAUCUUUAGGAGAAUUGUCAUCCUUGGAAGUUCUUGAUCUUUCAAAUAACGAAUUGAACGGUUCUAUUCCAUCCUCUUUAGGGGCACUUUCGUUCUUGAAAGAUUUAGAUUUUUCAGGUAACAAACUGAAUGGUCCAGUUCCACCAUCUUUAGGUGAACUUUCAUCCUUGGAAGUUUUAAAUCUUUAUGAUAAUGAACUGAAUGAUCCAGUUCCAUCCUCUUUGGGAGCACUUUCAUCCUUGGAAGCUUUACAUCUUUCAAAUAACAAACUGAAUGGUCCAAUUCCAUCCGCUUUAGGAGCACUUUCAUCCUUGAAAGAUUUAGAUCUUUCAAAUAACAAACUGAAUGGUCAAAUUCCAUCCUCUUUAGAAGCACUUUCAUCCUUGAAAGAUUUAGAUCUUUCGAAUAACAAAUUGAAUGGUCAGGUUCCUUCAUCUUUAGGUGAACUUUCAUCCUUGGAAGUUUUACAUCUUACAAAUAACGAACUGAAUGGUUCUAUUCCAUCCUCUUUCGGAGCACUUUCAUCCUUAAAAGAUUUAGAUCUUUCAAAUAACGAACUGAAUGGUCCAGUUCCUUCAUCUUUAGGAGCACUUUCAUCAUUGACAGUUUUAGAUCUUUCCUGGAACAAAUUGAAUGGCACACUUCAUCCAAGUCAUUUUUCCAAUCUCACCAGACUUACCCAUUUGGUUAUAUCACAGAACUCAAUUGUGUUGAAACUGAAUUAUGAUUGGGUUCCUCCUUUUCAACUUGAAACAUUGCGUUUGACAUCUUGUCAUUUAGAGCCUCAAUUUCCAUUUUGGUUUCAUUCGCUCAAGAAUUUAACAGAUCUAGAUUUAUCUAACACAGGAAUUGUAGACACCGUUCCCAAUUGGUUUUGGAAAUUUGCUUCACAAUUAACUUUCUUAAAUCUUUCUCACAACCAAAUCCAUGGGGAGAUUCCAAGUUCAGUGAAGAUUCUAAAUUUUGGUGUGAUUCCCCAUGGAUCAUCAAUCGACUUGAGUUCAAAUAAUUUUUCAGGUUCUUUGCCUCAUAUGCCUUCUGGUAUAAAAAAACUGGAUCUUUCUGAUAAUGCCUUGUCUGGAUCAAUUUCUCAAUUCUUGUGUCAUGUUAAUGGGUCAGCCGGAAUAACCAUUCUACGUCUUAGAGAUAAUCUUUUGUCAGGAGAACUACCCGAUUGUUGGAUGAAUUGGCCCUCUUUGAUUUACUUGAAUUUGGAGAAUAAUAAAUUCACUGGCAAACUUCCAGUCUCCCUGGGAACUUUAACUUCCAUUGAGUCAUUGCAUCUUCGCAAAAACAGUCUCUCUGGAACAAUUCCAGACUCAAUCUUAAAUUGUACAUGGCUGGAAGUGUUUGAUGUUGGUGAAAAUGAAUUCGUGGGACAUGUUCCAAUGUGGUUGGGAGAAAGAUUUUCAGAUAUGUUGAUUCUCAACCUUCGUUCAAACAAAUUUCAUGGUCCUUUACCAUCACAACUUUGUCACAUUACUUCCUUGCAAAUUCUGGAUAUUGCUUACAACAAUCUCUCUGGAACUAUACCGAGAUGUAUUAGUAACUUCAGCGCCAUGGUGAAAGUGGACUACUUUGCAAGGAACAAUAUACCAUAUUUUCUUGAUUACAUAGGAGGGAUUGCUGAUUAUGAACCACUAAAUUUGAAAGGGCAAGGGGCCGAAUAUGACAACACCCUUAAUUUGGUGAGGUUAAUUGAUCUUUCUAGCAAUAAUUUCUCUGGAGAGAUUCCAACAGAAGUGACAAAUCUCAAAGCAUUGCAGUCUUUGAAUUUAUCGCACAACUUUUUUGUUGGAAGAAUUCCAGAGAAGAUUGGUGUUAUGAGAUCAUUAGAAUCCAUUGAUUUCUCUACAAACCAGUUGUCGGGUGAAAUCCCACAAAGUAUUUCAGAAUUGACUUUCUUGAGUCAUUUGAACUUGUCCAAUAACAACUUGAAGGGAAAAAUUCCUUUAAGCACUCAAAUUCAGAGUUUCGAUGCAUCUUGUUUUGAUGGUAAUGAACUUUGUGGAUCCCCACUUCUUCAGAACUGUACGGAGAUUGUUCCAACACCUGAUUUUGAAAACAAAGGAGAAAAAGAUGGUAAUGAAGUGAACUGGUUCUAUGUAAGCAUGACACUUGGAUUUGUGAUGGGCUUCUGGAGUUUCAUUGGUCCUCUACUCGUCAACAGAAGAUGGAGGUACAUGUAUUGUAGUUUCCUGGAUCGCCUUGGCAAUAAGCUUUGUAGUGUUGUAAAAAAAUGUUGCUAG